AGCCGCCCACCCCGACGGGCUACAAUGUGGAUGCGGAGGGGGGGCUGGUGGAUGAUGACCUGGAGGAUGAGGCAGUACUGCAUGAUGAGUAUGGGGAUGAGGAGGAGGAGGAGGAGGAGGAGGAGGAGGAGGAGGAGGAGGAGGAGGAGGAGGAGGAGGAGGAGGAGGAGGAGGAGGAGGAGGAGGAGGAGGAAGGAGGAGGAGAGGAGGAGGAGGAGGAGGAGGAGGAGGAGGAGGAGGCUGAGGGUUAGGGGGAUGUGCUGCAGGUUUGG